CCUGUGUCAUUUACAGCUUUUUUAUGUGCUAGAAAAGAUGCCUUCUGUGUCCUGUGGCACACUGCUGGGUGACAUAGAAGACAUCGUGUCACAGGAAGAUUCAAAGCCACAAGAUAGACAUUUUGCAAGAAAGCAUGUGGUGCCAAAGGUGCGAAGGUGAAAUACCCAAAGUUACUUGCAAGAGGAGCCCAGGCCACCAAGUGACAGCACUAUUCCAGGCAUACAGAAAAUUUGGAUACGAACAUGGAGCUGCUCACAUAAUAAUUCAGAUGGAGAAUACAUGGCUGGACAGCUCGCCGCUUAUGGCUAUAAAAUUACAGAAAAUGCAUCAGAUGCAGAUUUAUGGCUUCUGAACAGUUGCACUGUAAAAAACCCAGCUGAAGACCACUUCAGAAACUCAAUCAAGAAAGCUCAAGAGGAGAAUAAGAAAGUAGUUCUGGCUGGUUGUGUCCCCCAAGCCCAGCCUCGGCAGGACUACCUCAAAGGACUGAGCAUCAUCGGGGUUCAGCAGAUAGAUCGUGUGGUAGAAGUUGUGGAGGAGACAAUUAAAGGUCACUCAGUGAGACUCCUUGGCCAGAAGAAAGACGGUGGCAGGCGCUUGGGGGGAGCACGGCUUGAUUUGCCAAAGAUCAGGAAGAAUCCACUGAUCGAAAUAAUUUCCAUCAACACUGGGUGUCUGAAUGCUUGUACCUACUGCAAAACUAAACAUGCCAGAGGAAAUUUGGCCAGCUAUCCAAUUGAUGAACUAGUAGAGAGAGCCAAGCAAUCCUUUCAAGAGGGUGUUUGUGAGAUAUGGCUGACCAGCGAAGACACUGGGGCCUAUGGCAGAGACAUUGGCACGGAUCUCCCCACACUCCUGUGGAAGCUGGUGGAAGUGAUUCCUGAGGGAGCUAUGCUGAGGCUGGGCAUGACAAACCCACCAUAUAUUUUAGAACAUCUGGAGGAAAUGGCGAGGAUCCUUAGCCACCCCCGAGUCUACGCUUUUCUCCACAUCCCCGUUCAGUCAGCCUCCGACAGCGUGCUCAUGGACAUGAAGAGAGAGUACUGUGUGGCCGACUUCAGGAGAGUUGUGGAUUUUCUCAGAGAGAGAGUUCCUGGAAUAACGAUUGCUACAGAUAUUAUCUGUGGCUUUCCUGGAGAAACCGAUCAGGAUUUUCAAGACACAGUGAGACUUGUUGAAGAGUACAAGUUUCCAAGCCUUUUCAUCAACCAAUUCUACCCAAGACCAGGAACUCCUGCUGCAAAGAUGGAGCAAGUUCCAGCACAAGUGAAAAAGCAAAGGACAAAAGAUCUUUCCCGGGUGUUUCACUCUUACACUCCGUAUGAUCACAAGAUUGGGGAAAGACAGCAAGUCUUAGUAACAGAAGAAUCUUUUGACUCCCAGUUUUAUGUUGCACAUAAUCGAUUCUAUGAACAGGUUUUAGUGCCAAAGAACCCUCCAUUCAUGGGGAAAAUGGUCGAGGUGGACAUUUAUGAAUCAGGAAAACAUUUCAUGAAAGGCCAGCCAGUGUCGGACACCAGAGUGUACACGCCAUCCAUCAGCAAGCCACUGGCCAAGGGAGAAGUCUCAGGUUUGACAGAGGAAUUCAGAAGUAGGCUUGGGAAUCGUCUACGUUCGACCUCUGACCCCUGUGCUGCAACUCCACAUAGCUCAGUGUAUUCCAGAAGGAUGCUGCUGCAGGUGACCCACCACGACUGUGCACUGAGGAUAGCUGUGGGCCUGGCUCUCGUUGCUUUUCUUUUUGCUUUUCUGGUCAAGGUCUAUGCUUACAACACAACCAAAUGAAGUGUCUGUAAGGAACAAGUUUCUAAUUAAAACGCAAUGAGUGGGAAAGUGACCACAUCGGUCUCAAAGAGCAGUCAUUUGAACUGGCCCUGCUGCCUUCUCUGGGCCCUUCUUUUUAAUGAGGCUUGACCUGUCUCGAAUUGAGUUGAACCAUUUGACCUCAAUCCAAAUCACAGCUGCUGCAACAUCUUUCAAACCAGACCCUUUUGGUUUCUUUUUAGCAACAAAUGCAAGUGGAGUGGGUGUGUAUGCCUAGAUCACAGCAUGUGUAUGGAGGUCGGAGGACAACUCAGCUGUGGGUCCUUGCCUUCCUUGUCUGAGGCAGGGCCUCUUGCUCUCUGCCACAUAUGACAGGCUAGCUGGCCCGGGG